AUGGAACAUCAUCAUUUCAGUCAUGAACAUCCAUUGACUUUCUUUGAAGGCCAAAACACAAACAGCGAUGCUAAAAAUACCAAGUGCUCCGGCUGCCUGGAUCCAGUACUCAAGGAAUCUAGCUAUGGUUGCACUCAAUGUCACUAUUUUCUCCAUGAAAGAUGUGCAGAGCUACCCGGUAAAAUUUCCCAUCCUAUCCACCCAAGACACCCUCUUUUUCUUCGACCCAACGGGUUUGAAGCUGAUUGUGUUUUGUGCCGCCGCAGUGGGCAGAGCCUGAUUUAUUACUGCUCUCCUUGUGUGUUUUCCGUUGACAUUAAAUGUACUGAAGUUUUACCUCCAGUUAUUCAAUCUCAAACCCAUGAACACCCUUUUUCCCUCCUCUGCAAGCAAGUCUCAUUCGUUUGUGAUGCUUGUGACAAACGUGGCUCUCACUCUCCCUACGUUUGCUUCUCCUGCAACCUUACAGUUCACCACCACUGUACUUCAUUACCAAGAACCAUCAAAACAAUUCGCCAUGAACAUCUUCUCAGACACACUUAUGUUCUUCAUGAAAGUGAGUCUGAUUGUAGCCGCUGUUCGAUUUGUAAGAAUUUUCUGAGCGCAGAUCGUGGGUGUUAUCAUUGUCCAGCAUGCGAUUAUUCCGCCCAUGUCCACUGCGCAACACGCUCUGAACUAUGGGAUGUCACAACAAGAGAUGAAGAAGAUGAUGAUACGGAGGGCAGUGAGGCCAGGCUAGAUUCUAUAAUCAGGAUUGUCAAGGAAAUCAAGCUGGGUGAAGACAUGAUUGCAGCUGAAAUUGAGCAUUUCAGCCAUGAACACCCCUUGAUUUUCAGUAAUGAGGGUAAGGAUAAUAAAUGCUGUGAUGGGUGUGGGAUACCCAUUUCGUCUCCGUUUUAUAGCUGUGAAGGGUGUGAUUUCUUCCUCCAUAAAACUUGUGCUGAUUUACCCAGAAAUAAGCUUUACCCAUUUCACCCGCAUGCACUUACUCUUCUACCAAAAUCAUCUCAUUCUAGCAGAGUCUUCGCAUGUAAUAUCUGUUCAAUAUACUCCAACGGCUUCUCUUACAACUGUGAGAAAUGCAGUUUUGAUCUCGAUCUUCGCUGCUCUUCAAUUCCAGACACCCUUAUCCAUCAAGCUCAUAAACAUAGCCUCUUCGUCAUCGUCCAGGAUGAUGUAGAGUGGAAAUGCUGCGGCUGUGGUGCGUUGGAAAAGCGCGGACUGGGAUGCCCUCAGUGUUUUCACUUUCUUGAUUUCAAAUGCGCUACACUACCACUCACAGCUAUGCAUAGCUAUGACGACCAUCCUCUGAAACUCACCUUCCAGGAUGAUUCAGAUCAGCUUUAUUGCGAUGUUUGCGAGGAUACGAGAGAUCCAAAACAUUGGUUCUACUCCUGUGAUGAUUGCGGUGUUACCAUUCAUCCUGAAUGUGUAUUUGGCAAGUAUCCUUAUAUUAAGGUUGGAGAUACUUAUACAAUUGAUUCUCACCCACACUCCCUCCGUUUCGUGAAGAAGACAGAGAAGUAUCCUUCCUGCAACUCUUGCGGCCAACCCUGCACGGAUUUGGCACUUGAGUGUGCAGAGUCUGAAUGUGGUCUUAUAGUCCACUGGGAAUGUGUUGCUCUUAACAAGUGUUGA